AUGGCGCGCCCCAUGGCGGUGCAGGGCGGCCCCCCGCUGGGCCCGCUGCUGCUGGCGAGCCUGCUGCUGGCGCGCCCCGACGGCUGCGCCCCGCGGACGGCGGCGUGGCCGCAGCAGCUCCGCUGGCAGAGCGCGGGGCGGACCUACGCCCUCUUCAACAGCGCCGGCCGCUUCCAGCCCGCGCGGGGCGGCGGGGGCCAGCGGCUCUACCUGAGCGGCGGCGGCGGCGGCGGCGGGGCGGGGCGGGGGGCUCCGUCCCCGCGGGGACCCCCCGGCGCCGGCCUCGCCGCCAGGCCCGCCCUCCCGAGCGCGGAGGAGGGCUCCGGGACGGGACCCCCCGGCGUGCCCAGCCCAGGGCCCGCGCGGAGAACCGCCGACGCCCCCCCCGGCGGGGCCGGCCCGCGGCGGGGCCAGGGGAGCUCCCGCCAGGAGCGGGGGGAUCCCUCGGGGGCCGGACUCGCCUGGGCCCGGGGCCAGGGGGGAGAGGGGAGGCAGCGGCACCCCCGGCUGGUCCCAGCCCGGCGGGAACGACCUCGGAGGGGGGCCGGCUUCUCGGAGCCCCGGGACGACCCCCACAACCCCUUCAAGACCACGAAUGGCCUCUUCUAUAACCUGUACCCCAAUGGCAGGCAGCGCUCCUCCGGCGCCCCCCGGAGACCGGGCUAUGGGACCAGAUACUUCCACAAUGGCCUUCCGGAUCUGAUCCCUGAUCCGUACUACAUCCAAGCCGCAACCUACGUCCAACGUAUCCAGAUGUACGCCUUGCGGUGCGCUGCUGAGGAAAACUGUCUUGCCAGAUCUGCCUACCAAACAGGGGUGAGUGACGUUAGCUAUCGGGUCCUCCUGCGUUUCCCCCAAAGAGUUAAGAACCAAGGCAUGGCGGAUUUUCUCCCGGUGAAACCACAGCACGCCUGGGAAUGGCACAGCUGCCAUCAGCAUUACCACAGCAUGGACGCUUUUAGCAACUAUGAUCUCCUGGACGCGGUCACCCACCGCAAGGUGGCCGAGGGGCACAAGGCCAGCUUCUGCUUGGAGGACACGACGUGCGAUGCAGGCUUCCGGCGAAGAUACGCUUGCACCGCUCACACGCAGGGUCUCGGCCCCGGCUGUUACGAUACGUAUGCUGCCAACAUUGACUGCCAGUGGAUUGACAUUACAGACGUCCCUCCCGGCAAUUAUAUCCUGAAGGUCAUGGUGAACCCAGAUUUCCUGGUGGCCGAGUCGGACUUCACAAACAACGCCGCUAGAUGUGACGUGACGUACACUGGCACGUAUGCCACGGCACGAAACUGCAGGAUCACGAGAAACCAGUGCAGCCCCACGUCGCUUGUCCGCUCCAACCCCUUCAUCCUUCUGCAGUCGUUUUUGAGAUGGGGCAAGCAGAAGCGGACACAGAAUCCCAAAUGGGUCUACAUCGUAGAUCUAUCCACAAAUAUUCCAAAUAACAAAAAAACAGAGAUCAUUCUCCGAAUGGCGGGCUUCCAGGAAGUGAUCAACAACCGGAGCGCUAGCAAUGCGUGA